AUGGUUCCACGAACCCCUCUACGGCCUAUUAAUUCUAAUGGGCGUAGAAAUACGGAACUCACUCCUAAAUUUCGAGUUAAAAUUACGGAACAUGAAUUUGAACUCUCUUACGCCAAGAUUGCCGCGCGCCAUGGCCUUUCCGCGUCUAUCGUUCAAUAUACCGUCGAACAAGAACGUUUACUCCGCGACGGCCACUCGAUGCCACGCUCCGGCCGACCGAAGGCCUUGACUGAGGGUGAUAAGCGUGCAGUUAUUCGAAUAAUUAAACGCGAUCCCUUUGCCGGUUCCGACGAUAUCCGCGAACAAAGUGGGACUACAGCGUGUAAUAAGACAAUAUUUUCAAUGCUCCGCGACGAGAAGUAUGAUCACUGGGAGGCCCAAAAAAGACCUCGAUUAAAAGCUGAGCUGGCCGCUAAACGCCUUGCUUGA